AGCCGUUAGCUCUCUCUCUCUCUCUGUCUCCCGUUAGCCCUGAAAGCGGCCUGACUCACGUUGUGGAGCCGAUAUCUGGUCUUCUCACAACACAAUGUCUGCUGUAAAGGCACUUAAUCCGAAAGCCGAGGUGGCGAGAGCUCAAGCCGCCCUCGCCGUAAACAUCAGCGCCGCUCGGGGACUUCAGGAUGUGCUGAAAAGUAACCUGGGACCCAAAGGAACCAUGAAGAUGCUUGUGUCCGGUGCCGGAGACAUCAAGCUGACUAAAGAUGGCAAUGUACUGUUGCAUGAGAUGCAAAUCCAGCAUCCGACAGCUUCUCUGAUCGCUAAGGUGGCUACGGCGCAGGACGACAUCACCGGAGACGGCACCACGUCCAACGUCCUCAUCAUCGGAGAGUUACUGAAGCAGGCGGACGUUUACGUUUCUGAGGGCCUCCACCCCAGGAUCAUCGCUGAGGGCUUUGAAGCUGCGAAGGAAAAGGCACUGGCUGUGCUCGAGGAAGUGAAGGUCACUAAGGAGAUGGAUCGUGAGACGCUUGUGAACGUGGCCCGGACUUCACUGAGGACCAAAGUGCACAAAGAGCUGGCUGACCUGCUCACAGAGGCUGUGGUGGACGCUGUGCUGGCCAUCAGCAGACCUAACGAACCCAUCGAUCUUUAUAUGGUGGAGAUCAUGGAGAUGAAACACAAGACCGAGAGCGAUACACAAUUGAUCAGAGGUUUGGUGUUGGACCACGGAGCCCGACAUCCUGACAUGAAGAAGAGAGUGGAGGACGCUUACAUCUUGACCUGCAACGUCUCUCUGGAAUACGAGAAAACCGAGGUGAACUCUGGCUUCUUCUACAAGAGUGCCAACGAGAGAGAGAAGCUGGUGAGCGCCGAGAGGAAGUUCAUCGAGGAGCGCGUCAAAAAGAUCAUCGCGCUAAAGAACAAAGUGUGUGCCGACAACAAGAAGGGCUUCGUGGUCAUCAACCAGAAGGGGAUCGAUCCGUUCUCUCUGGACGCGCUGGCUAAAGAAGGCAUCGUGGCUCUGCGCCGGGCGAAGAGGAGGAACAUGGAGAGACUCAGUCUUGCCUGUGGUGGUAUUGCUGUGAACUCUGUAGACGAUCUCACCCCGGAGUGUUUGGGCAACGCUGGUCUCGUCUAUGAACACACGCUGGGAGAGGAGAAAUACACGUUCAUCGAGAAGUGCGGGAACCCGCGUUCAGUCACGCUGCUGGUCAAAGGGCCGAACAAACACACACUGAUGCAGAUCAAAGACGCCAUGAGGGACGGACUGCGUGCGGUCAAGAACGCGAUCGAGGACGGCUGCGUUGUAGCAGGAGCCGGCGCUGUCGAGGUGGCUAUUGCUGAUGCUCUGGUGAAACACAAGACUAAAGUGAAGGGACGAGCUCAGCUGGGAGUGCAGGCGUUUGCUGACGCUCUGCUCAUCAUCCCGAAGGUUCUGGCUCAGAAUUCAGGCUAUGAUGCACAGGAGACUCUUGUGAAUCUUCAGACCGAAUAUAAAGAGUCCGGCCAGCUCGUCGGCGUGGACCUGAACACAGGUGAACCCAUGGUAGCCGGAGAGGCUGGCGUUUGGGAUAACUAUUGCGUUAAAAAACAGCUGCUGCACUCGUGCACGGUAAUCGCUAGCAACAUUCUCCUGGUAGACGAGAUCAUGAGAGCCGGAAUGUCUUCCCUUAAAGGCUAAACUUAAUCAAGCACGAUAAACCCUCACGAAGAUGAAGGGCUGUAGGCGGCCUCUGGUUUGUAGUUCUGCGCCGGACUGCAUCCUGCCUGGAUCCCUAACAGCACCAGGAUUUCGUCGUCACGUCGCGUUCGUCUCUCACUUCCUCCAGUCGAUUGGGUUAUUUAUGAGAUUUUUUUGUUAAGCACUGACCUGCAGACGUUCUCUUUUUCAUUUGUACCCAUUAAAUGUUUUGCUUCAUGAA